UCUAAAACAUGUUGUCCAAAAAUGGCGAAAAUUUUCGGAAAGGAUCCUUAUUGUGAACAAUGAGGAAAACUAUCUAGUGGCUUAUGGAAAAUAGAGAAGCGGCGAGCAGUUACACAAAAGGAUUUUUAAAUGACCAAAUUAUCUGAAGUGCUUUCAUGUUUACUACUGCUCGACCACCGGGCGCGAGUUCAGUUUGUUACGAACGUGAUUAACGGUAGGAGAUCAUGAAUAAUGGAGAAAAUACCAAGAGCAAUGCUUUUGCUGCAAAGAAGAAAAAACGACUGUCAGUUGAGCGGAUCUACCAAAAGAAGACACAGUUGGAACACAUUCUUCUCCGUCCAGACACUUACAUUGGCUCUGUUGAGCCAAUCAAACAGAACAUGUGGGUUUAUGAUGCAGAGACUGAUGCCAUUGUGAGUAAGGAAAUCACUUAUACGCCAGGUCUCUACAAGAUCUUUGAUGAACUUUUAGUGAAUGCAGCAGAUAACAAGCAGAGAGACCCUGCCAUGGGCUGUGUUAAAAUAACCAUUGAUGCAGAUAGUAACACUAUCAGUGUUUGGAAUGAUGGACGUGGCAUUCCUGUGGAGAUGCAUAAAGAACAGAAAGUUUAUGUUCCUACAUUGAUAUUUGGCCAUCUUCUAACGUCCAGUAACUACAAUGAUGAGGAGAAAAAAGUCACAGGCGGCAGGAAUGGUUAUGGUGCAAAACUUUGUAAUAUCUUCAGCACAAAAUUUGUUGUGGAAACUUGUUCCUCUGACUCAAAUAAGAAGUUCAAACAGACCUGGACAAACAACAUGGGAAAAGUUACAGAGCCUAUUGUAAAGGAUUUUAGUGGAAAGGACUUCACUUGUGUUACAUUCAAACCUGACCUGGCAAAGUUUAAAAUGGAAAGUCUUGAUAAAGACAUUAUCUCACUCCUCUCCAGGAGGGCAUAUGAUGUUGCUGGAUCUGUUAGAGGAAUUUCUGUAUAUCUCAAUGGAAAGAAGUUACCUAUUAAGACUUUCAAGGAUUAUGUUGGACUGUACUUGAAAGCCAGAGAUGAUGAAGAUGACUUGGCAUUGGGUAGUGACUCAGAGAAAAAGACCAAUUCUGUCGUGCAUGAAGUUGUAAAUAAGCGUUGGGAAGUUUGUGUUACCACAAGCACCAAAGGUUUUCAGCAAGCUAGCUUUGUCAACAGCAUAGCCACAACUAAGGGAGGAACACAUGUCAACUAUAUAACUGACCAGAUCACAGAGAAGCUCAUGGCUGCAGUGAAAAGGAAAAAUAAAGGAGGUGUAGAAGUGAAGCCUUUUCAGAUCAAGAAUCACUUGUGGAUUUUCAUAAAUUGUUUAAUUGAAAAUCCAACCUUUGACUCCCAAACCAAGGAAAAUAUGACUCUCAGAUCUAAAGCGUUUGGAUCCACUUGUGAUUUCAGUGAAAAGUUUAUCAAACAGGUUACUCAGUGUGGUGUUGUUGAACAUAUCAUGAACUGGGUGAAAUUCAAGGCACAGUCUCAACUCAACAAGAAGUGUCAAAAGAGCAAACACAGCAAGAUUCGUGGAAUUCCCAAAUUGGAUGAUGCUAAUGAUGCUGGCAGUAGAAACUCAAUGCAAUGUACACUAAUUCUCACUGAGGGUGACUCAGCCAAAACACUGGCUGUAAGUGGCUUGAGUGUAGUUGGUAGAGACCGUUUUGGAGUGUUUCCCUUGCGUGGUAAACUGCUUAAUGUCAGGGAUGCAUCACACAAGCAGAUUCUUGAAAAUGCUGAGAUCAAUAAUCUUAUCAAGAUACUUGGCCUUCAAUACAACAAGAAGUACUCAUCUGAGGAAGACUUGAAGAGUCUAAGAUAUGGCCACCUUAUGAUAAUGACAGAUCAAGACCAAGAUGGCUCUCACAUCAAGGGACUCCUCAUCAACUUCAUCCAUAGUAAUUGGCCUACCCUUACACGCUUACCUUUCCUGGAGGAGUUUAUUACUCCCAUCGUUAAGGUCAGUAAAGGCAAAGAGGAGAAAGCAUUCUACAGCAUUCCUGAAUAUGAGGAAUGGAAAAACAGCAUAGUCAAUGUCAAGUCUUGGAAAGUAAAAUACUAUAAAGGUUUGGGUACGAGCACUCCCAAGGAGGCCAAAGAAUACUUUGCUGACAUGAGACGUCAUCAGAUUCAGUUCCACCAUGAAGGUGCACCAUGUGAUGAAGCUAUACUUAUGGCAUUCAGUAAGAAGAAAGUUAAUGACAGGAAAGACUGGCUCAAUCGUGCAAUGGAAGAUCGCAAGUGGAGAAGGCAACAAGGGCUUUCAGAGGUUUACUUAUAUGAGAAGGACACCAGGUCAGUUUCAUAUUCUGACUUUGUCAACAAAGAACUUGUUUUAUUCUCCAAUGCUGAUAAUGAACGAUCAAUCCCAUGUUUGGUGGAUGGUUUAAAGCCCGGUCAAAGGAAGGUACUCUUCACCUGCCUUAAAAGGAAUGACAAAAGAGAAGUAAAAGUUGCUCAACUUGCUGGAUCAGUUGCAGAACUGUCUGCAUAUCACCAUGGCGAGGCAAGCCUGAUGGGAACAAUCAUCAACUUAGCACAGAAUUUUGUGGGCAGCAACAACUUAAAUCUUCUGAUGCCAGUUGGUCAGUUUGGCACUCGUCUCCAUGGAGGCAAGGAUGCUGCUAGUCCUCGUUACAUCUUCACUAUGAUGAGUCCUUUAACAAAGCUAUUGUUUCAUGCUCAUGAUAUGCCCAGCCUUACAUACCUGUUUGACGAUAACCAGCCUGUUGAACCUGAGUGGUAUUGCCCUAUAAUUCCUUUAGUUCUAGUCAAUGGGGCUGAGGGGAUUGGCACUGGGUACAGCACCAAGGUGCCUAACUUUGAUGUUCGGCAAAUUAUUAGUAAUCUGAAGAAGAUGAUCAAUGGAGAGGAACCAGAAGAGAUGAUACCAUCAUUCAAGAACUUCACUGGUACCAUUUCUCAAAUUGAUAGCCACAAAUUCCUUGUGCAAGGCAAUGUGGAAGUUGUUGACAACAAGACCAUAGAAAUAUCUGAACUGCCAGUUGGCAUCUGGACACAGGUUUACAAAGAAAAUGUUUUGGAACCAAUGCUCCAUGGUUCAGAGAAAAUUCCUCCAAUUCUGACGGAUUACAAGGAAUACCACACAGAUGUAACAGUGAAGUUUGUACUUAAUAUGGCUGAGGACAAGCUGGCUGAGGCAGAGGCAACUGGAUUACACAAGAAAUUUAAACUUGAAGCUUCAAUUAACACCAGCAAUAUGGUUUUGUUUGAUGCCUUGGGUUGUCUGCGCAAGUAUGAGUCGCCACUAGACAUACUUAAGGAAUUCUUUGAGCUUCGUUUGGAAAAAUAUGCUGUACGUAAAGCAUGGUUAGAUGGAAUGCUGACUGCAGAAUCAACCAAGCUCAGUAGUCAAGCUCGUUUUAUCUUGGAGAAAAUUGAAGGACAAAUUAUCAUAGAGAACAGAACCAAGCGCGACAUAGUUACCACUUUGGUGCAGCAUGGAUACCCAUCUGAUCCUAUCAAGGCUUGGAAAGACACACAAAAGUCCAGUGCACCUGAUGAGGGAGAUACAGAUGAUGCUUCCAGUGUGGCAAGUUCCACGUCAAGCACUGGUGGACCUGACUUUGGGUACUUGUUGUCCAUGUCUAUGCUGUCUCUCUCUCGAGAAAAGAAGGAAGAGCUAUUAAAAGAGAGAGAUAAUAAGUUGGAGGAGCUGAACAUAUUAAGGAGGAAGUCACCACAAGACCUCUGGUUCGAAGAUCUUGAUAGCUUUUUGGAAGAGCUCGAGCGAGUUGAGCAACAGGAAAAGGAAGAUCAAGAAAUGUACGUAAAGUCCAAGGCAGGGCGCUCACAGCAGCAGAAAAAGAAACCAUCAAAGCCAGCAAAGAAAACUGAAAAUAAACCCAAGACGCUUGCUACAAAUGAACAAGAAAAGAAAAACAUGCAACAUAAGAGCAAAGAAACAGCUCCAAAGAAAGAAAACAAGAGUGACGACUCCUGGGAGUUUGACGACAUAGAUGCAGGUCCUCCGGUGAGAUCACUCGCUGACAGACUUGCUCAGCGACAGAGCCAGAAGUUGCCCAUCUCGUUAUCAUCAUCGUUAGCUGGCAGUGGUGCUGAGACAACCAGCAGUUCUGCUGCAAAGGGAAAAACGCAAUCUUCGCUGGAGGUGUUCAGUUCAAAGAAGAAGGUUAGGAAAGCAGCAGAGAGUGAUGACGAUUUUAUUAUGGAGUUCAGCGAUGAAGAGGAUGGACCGCCUGUAGAGAAAAGGGCCGCUAGAUCUCGUCCUGCUAAGACGUACUCUUUUAGUUCUGACGAUGAUGAUGAUGAUGAUGAUGAUCUUACGGUCACGGCGGUGAAAACCGGAAAGCCAUCUAAGGAAGGAAGUGUUGAUAGCGAUGCCGAAUCAGAUAAAAGUGACGUGCAAGCUACUCGUGCUCUGAUUCAAAAGCUCUCCCCUGCUAAACCCGCAAAGACCACUAGUUCACGGCCAAAUAAACCAUUAAAGGGUGGUGAAUCAAUUAAAUCUACGAAGAAACAACCUGCUAAGACCACUACAGCAGCAGAGAAGAAACGCACCGCGACUAAAAAGGCAGCUUCGUCUAAAACAUCGUCACAGGACGACAGCCCUGAUGGCGAAUUAGCUGCAAAGAAACAGCCAGCCAAGAAAGGCAAACGAGGAAAGGCAGUAAUUCUUGAUAGUAGUGACGAGGAUUCUGAUUCAGCCAUGCUCUCUUUAAAGAAACCUACAACUGCUAAAGGAAAAGUGGUUAAGCCUAAAAAGUCGCCACCGAAAAAGGCGAAAGCAAGCGUAGAAAGCUCCAGUGAUGACGAACCACUGGAAAGUGCAGUUGUUAGCCGAUCAGUUCGCACCGGCAGAUCCAAAGCUCCUGUGAAGUAUUUUGCGGAGGAAAGUGACAGUGAUGAAAAAGAGAAUGAAGGCUCAAAGGAAUGGUCCGGAUCAGGAAGUGAUUUUGAUGAUGAUGAUGAUUAGUUUUUGUAUGCCCCAGGCAGGCUGCACAUCUGUGUCUUUCAAGUGAUACGACGGUGUAUUGUAGUCUGACGAACCUGGUUUUGCUCAGCGUCUGCCUCCUAUAAAAACGGUUUUUUUCGAAGGAGACAGAUGACAAUGAAAUUAUCUCCUGCUUGCAUGACUCCCCCACAGAUGCACUUUUUAUUGGCAUCGUAUCUGUAAAUGAUCUACUUACUACACUGAAAAUUUUUGAAACACCAUAUAGAGAUUCCUAUUAAAACCAAGGUGAGAAGUUUACCUGACAACUCAUUGUACACUUUGUGUUAUCAAUCCACUAUCCCCUCCAUCCUGGGGUUUCCUCUGCUGUAUCGUAUCAUCCACGGAGACGCAGGGGCACAAGGAUACUUUUGACUCCACCGCAGUCAGCCCCGUCAAAAAAUUUUGAACAAUUUUCUUCGUUUGUCUCCGAGCCAAAAGCAUUACGGCAAACUAAUCGAUCACUUCUCUUUAAAACUAGACAUGCAGUACUCGACUGAUAAUUUUCACUCUUCACAUGAGUCUGAUAGUGACUUCAGCUUAGGUCUCCGAACCGCCUAGGCGGGUCACCCCACCUAUCAUGUAACGUGAUCAAAACAAAGUAAGAAAUUAUAUUGACAGGCGGGUUACCUCACCUACCCGGGGUCCACCUCCAUGUAAACAGGCCUUAGUGCCCUCUCUACCGUAAGUGCCCCACUUAGAUUUGUUUUUGUUGGUAAGCGCCGCUAUUGCGUAAGCACCUUAAUUCCCAAGAGAGCCCUUAACGAAUCAGCGCCCCUAUUAUGUUUCAGUGAUGGCCCUAUUAGAGUUCAUGUACAUUGGGAUCAACCGUGGCUCAACUUCCUUAAUUGCUCACUUAAAACCUCAUUACAUAACCAGUGAUCUCAACUUUUGUUACUUGUGAUUUUCAAAAUACCUCACUACUGUUAAGUGAGUAUUCACUGUUUAUUAUAUGGCAAGGUAGUCAUGAGGUAAAUCAGAGCUUUCUGAUUGGUUCCUAGUUGGUCGUUAUACCCUACAGACAGCUCAUGCAGAGCGUUUUCAGGGAAACAGCCCUAAGAAGAGUAUUUUUUACUUCUUAAACUCCAGUUCACAUUUAUGAUUUUCAAGUAUUCACAGUUACUGAUUCAUUACUUCACUUCUUACGGACCAACAUGAUUACCAGCUCCCAGUUAGCUUGUUAGCUCAGUUGGUAGAAUAUUGCACCGGUGUCGCAGAAGUCAUGGGUUCAAAUCCCGUACAGACCUGAAUUUUUUUCAGGUCUUAUUUUCACUACUGCUUGUAAAAGUAGUGUUCAUUAAGGCGAAGAUUGCUUCCAUAUUCAUCUCUAAAUCCGCCGUUUAACUAUAAGAUUUUUACAUGUUCCUAGUCAUGGUGAAGUUUUGUUCGAACGAGACGGCAAAUUCAGUUUGAUUCGAGUACUAUACAAUAAACUACUUUGUAACCUGCUUGUUCGAACCGUAUCAUUGCGUGUUAUUGGCCCUCAGUCGUAGCAAGGUCCGCACUGCCACGACCUCAGGCCAAUAUUACUCAGUUCGGCCAUCACGCUCAGGUAAUAAGAAGUAAUAAAUAAGCCUCGCUUUGGAGAAUGUUUGUGCUC